AGGGUGCUCCCAAAACUUUGUUCAAAGUGAACUUUUACCAUUCUAGAAAAAUCUCUAUCCAUUACUACCAAUUGUGCUCAUUGAUACGUUGUCAAUCAAUCUAUCAUCGGUUAUCGAUUCGAAUCGUCUCGAUGCAUUUAUUUGCACCGGCAAUUCAGUGUCAAUAAAGAACACGUGUUGUAGACUAUUUCUUUCCUGAAUUUUCGUGUAAUAGAAGUUUUGGAAUCUGCUUAGGUUGGCGUAGGACGAGAAUGUCCGAUGAUGGGGGUGGUCUUGUGUCUAAGGGAAGUAUGAUCGUGGUGUCGAAUCGCUUGCCCUUCGUUCUGGUCAGGAAUCAGAAGACUGGAGCUUUGGAGAGGAAAGCCAGUGCUGGAGGUUUAGUAACAGCAGUAUCUCCAGUAGUAAUAAAAGGACGAGGUGUAUGGGUAGGAUGGCCCGGAAUUCAUUUGGACAAUCCGGAUGAAAAAAUUCCGGAGUCCGAUCCUGAUGAUAAAACACCUACUGCAGGAUUACUUUCAAAAAAGGUUGUGGCGGUCCACGUAGACCGCGACAUUUUCGAUUCCUACUACAAUGGCUGUUGCAAUGGAACCUUUUGGCCUCUUUUUCAUUCCAUGCCAGAUAGAGCCACUUUCUGCGCAGACCAUUGGGUAUCCUAUGUUCGUGUCAACCAAGAAUUUGCAGCAAAAACUGUCAAAGCCUUAGAAAUUCUAAGAGAAGAAACUGGAAAUGGUGUCCAUACCAAUGGAAAUGGCUCAGAAAAUGGUCAUACUAAUGGGCAUUCUCAUAGAGGUGCUCCACUUGUGUGGAUUCAUGAUUAUCAUUUGAUGUUGGCUGCCAAUUGGUUGAGGCAGGCAGCUGAAGAAAAUGAUUUGCCAUGCAAACUAGGCUUCUUCCUACACAUUCCAUUCCCACCAUGGGAUAUCUUCAGACUUUUUCCUUGGUCAGAUGAAAUUUUGCAAGGAAUGCUGGGUUGUGACAUGAUAGGUUUCCACAUCCAAGAUUAUUGUCUAAACUUCGUCGAUUGUUGCCAAAGAAAUUUAGGUUGCAGAGUUGACCGUAAAAAUUUGUUGGUAGAACACGGAGGCAGAACUGUUCGUAUUCGUCCUUUGCCAAUUGGCAUUCCUUUCGAAAGAUUUGUCACACUUGCUGAAACUGCUCCUACGUUGAUGCAGACGAAUCCAAGAAUCGUUUUAGGAGUUGAUAGAUUAGAUUAUACGAAGGGACUUGUGAAUAGAUUGAAAGCCUUCGAAAUGCUGAUGGAGAAGUAUCCCGAGCACCAGGAAAAGGUUGUGCUUUUACAAAUUGCUGUGCCAUCAAGAACUGAUGUAAGAGAAUAUCAAGAUUUGAAAGAAGAAAUGGAUCAACUUGUUGGAAGAAUCAAUGGUCGCUUCACGACGCCCAAUUGGUCGCCAAUCCGAUAUAUUUAUGGUUGCGUUGGCCAGGAUAAGUUGGCAGCUUUCUAUCGAGAUGCAGCAGUGGCUUUAGUAACUCCAUUGAGAGAUGGAAUGAAUUUAGUGGCUAAAGAGUUUGUGGCUUGCCAAAUCCGGAGGCCGCCCGGAGUUUUAGUAGUAUCACCUUUCGCCGGAGCUGGAGAAAUGAUGCAUGAAGCACUCGUUUGCAAUCCUUAUGAAAUAGACGAAGCUGCUAGAGUAAUUCACAGAGCCUUGACGAUGCCUGAAGAUGAAAGAACAAUGAGAAUGAACCAUCUGCGUAGAAGAGAAAAAGUUCAUGAUGUCAACCAUUGGAUGAGAUCAUUCCUCAAAGCAAUGGACUCUUUAGAGGAAGAACGUGAUGAAGUUGGAGCUACUACCAUGCAACCAGUCACCAUAGAUGAUUUUGACGAUUACUUGUCAAAGUAUAUUGGUGCCAAUGACAAAUUAGCAUUGCUCCUGGAUUACGAUGGUACUUUGGCUCCAAUUGCUCCCCAUCCAGAUUUGGCAACACUUCCACCUGAAACCAAGCACGUGAUCCAACGUCUAUCCAACAUGCCCGAUGUGUAUGUCGCUAUAGUUUCAGGACGUAAUGUGGAAAAUGUAAAACAGAUGGUUGGAAUAGAAGGCAUAACCUAUGCAGGAAACCAUGGUCUAGAAAUUCUACAUCCUGAUGGAAGUAUGUUUGUUCAUCCAAUGCCUAUUGAAUAUGAGAAGAAAGUAAGCAACUUGCUGCAGUCUUUACAAGAACAGGUGUGUAGAGAUGGCGCUUGGGUUGAAAAUAAAGGUGCAAUGCUUACAUUCCAUUAUCGAGAAACUCCACUUUAUGCUAGGCAGAGUAUGAUUCAACAAGCAAGACAGUUGAUCGAGAAGUCUGGAUUCACUGCUGCAAAUGCCCAUUGUGCUAUAGAAGCGAAACCACCAGUUCAAUGGAACAAAGGUCGUGCAUCAAUUUACAUUUUGCGAACUGCUUUUGGUGUAGAUUGGAGCGAAAGAAUUAAAAUUAUAUAUGCAGGAGAUGAUGUUACUGAUGAAGAUGCCAUGCAGGCCCUGAAGGGUAUGGCUGCUACUUUCCGAGUGGCAUCAUCAAACAUCAUCAAAACCUCUGCUGAACGUCGAUUGCCUUCUACAGAUUCAGUAGUUACAAUGUUAAAAUGGGUCGAAAGACAUUUUAAUAAACGUAAACCAAGAAAUAAUUCUAUAACCUACAAAUUGAAGAAACAGGAUAGUGUCAAAAUGCAUAUGUCUUUUGAUUGCAAACCAUAUCACAACAGCAGUUCGGAUGAAAAUGCUUGAAAAAAUUACUUUGAACUGCAGCUCUCUAAAUGUUAUGUAUUUAAAAAACAGCCAAUCAUUUGCAAGUAUAUUAUAUUGAUAUUUCACAAAUAAUAAGGAUCUGAUACGUACGUAAAAGUAAUAUAAGAUGCCAUGAAUAUUUUUUACAUUCAUAGAAAUCGAUUCAAAAUUAAACUGAAUCAAAAAUUAGGAAGUAAUUUGCUAUUUUUUAUUAUAAGCUAUUAUUGAGAAAUAUUUUUCAAUAACGAAUUUUAACUAAAUGCAAAUAUGUUCAAUUUUAUUACUCAAUCAAUAAUUUAUUUAACUGUGUUUUAAACUAUGAUGUGUUUAGUAUAUUUUAGAUUUAUUUGAUAAAUAUCACUUAGAACUUUCUUAUAUAUUUUCUUUGAUAAAUCAAAGCAAAAAA